AUGGAUAAAGACGAAGCUGAAGGACAGAAAUCACAAACAAGGAACAUGAAGAAGAGAAAAUCAACAAAGAGUGAAAACCCGGUGCACGACAACGCUAUAAAACGCAGUCGAUCGACAAAUCUAAGCAGUGUGCAAAGAGAAAGACCACGUAAUGAAAACACGUCACCAGCGCAGGGAGAAAAAAAACUACAUCCACUCAAAAGGGAUUCAGUAACUGCUGCUGCGGAUAAGGGUCUUGAACUGGUUUGUCCUCUACUGAGAUCUGAAUCUCUGGCUGAGGAUUUGGACAUGAACGAAAUGUUAGGACCGUCCGAUAAAAAGGGCUGA